GUGUGUGUGUGUGUGUGUGGGGGUAGGUCCUCCCCCCUGCUGCCAGAGUAUAAGACUGCAGGUCUGCUGAGGUCAGUCCACACAGACAGGAUGCCCUCCUCAAGCUGCUCCUCUGCCAGGCCGCAGACACUCACGGUGCUGUGUGUUCAGAUCAUGUGUCUGGCCGGCUGGCCGCUCUCCUCGGAGGCAUCCCGACUCCGCUGUGGUACGGAUCUCCUCAGCGACCUCAUAUUUGUGUGCGGGGAUCGCGGGAUCUAUUUCGGUAAAGGUUCGUGGUCCGGCUACGGUGGUCGGCCCAGAGGGAAGGGGAUAGCAGACAUGUGCUGCCGGCCAGCCGGCUGUGAACUUCAGCAGCUGGAGAAAUACUGUGCCAAACCAAAGAGCCCACAGAAACCCACCAUUCCUCCGGCCACGACCGGAGCAGGGCACGCCACCAUUCCUCCGGCCACGACCAGAGCAGAGCACGCCACCAAUAUUCUUCCGGCCACGACCGGAGCAGAGCACCCCGCCAUUCCUCCGGCCACGACCGGGGCAGAGCACCCCGCCAUUCCUCCGGCCACGACCGGAGCAGAGCACGACACCAUUCCUCCGGCCACGACCGGGGCAGAGCACCCCGCCAUUCCUCCGGCCACGACCGGGGCAGAGCACCCCGCCAUUCUUCUGGCCACGACCGGGGCAGAGCACCCCGCCAUUCCUCCGGCCACGACCGGAGCGGGGCACGCCACCACCACACCGCUCGACACGGCACAGCAGUUUGAAGCGGUGUUUCACAAGAGGCUUUUCGAGCAGCUGGGGGCUCCCGACAGCCCGAAGAGGGAAUCUUACAGAAAGAGGACACAGCCUUCAGUCCAACGGAGGGGCAAAGGCUCCUCGUCGAACAGGAGGAGCAAACCAGAGAACACGUCCAGCAGGCCCUCUUCAGCCUCCGGGAGAGGGAUGAGGUUGAAAUCAUGACCUCUGACCUCAACAACGUCGGCAUAUUCCAAGCUACUGGAUUGGAACCAGUAAGGUUUCCAAAAUCCCUUCCGCGCACCAGAUCGUCAACAGAUUUUGAGGGGGAACAAAGUGUUGUCAGGUGACAUGAGAUGCCCACUGGCAGCCAUAUUGGACAUCCUCAGCUCCCGGGGGGAGCACAACUGGAUCUGCUCUCCCACACUCUUGUCUGAUGUCAUCAGCUUCAAAUAUGUCAUAAUUCUGUAACAGCCCUGUGUGGACUAGAAAAGUGAACAAGUCCAUUCUGAUAGCUCACUACUGGACUGACUGUUAUCUAUCAACCUGGUGAUAUUUAAUCCAUGAUGGUCAUGGACUUAAAUAAUCAACUUAACAUUGUCAACCAUCCCCGUCUAGACAAAUGGAAUGCACUACAUGAGCAAUUUAUUUUUCUCAAAUUUUUUUUUGGGGAAAUGGUGCUGUGAAUUUGUAAAGGAUUGUUAUUGGUUCGACACCCCCGUGGAUAACUAUGAGCUGGAUGAGUGAGAAUCUCCUCAGACAAAUAUGUACAGUAUAGUGAUCUACUUUGUUCUGGUCUCACACUGGAAACUGAGGCUUUCAGUAACCUGAGAGUUUUAGACCCCAUAGACCCCAAUCAUGUACAUUAUAGAAACACGCCAGUAACCAGUGACUUGUAGCAACACUAGCAUUCAUUUGCAGUUGUGUUUAUGUCCAGUGGAUACUCGUCGUAGCUCAUGGUUUGGUCUCCACCUGCUCCAGUGAAGGAUGUCUGUCUCUUUAGCUGCUAAAUUUUCUCAUAAGUCUGUUUUUUUUAAUAAAAUCUUUAAAGUCCGGGAUACUUGUGCAGAGUCAGUUGAAUAUAAUACACUGCCUCUGUUCACAAGCGUUGACACUUUUUUGAAAGCACUUUGACGGAGUGACAGUAUGAAGCUUUACUGGCCGUGUUAUCUGGAUACUGUCAUUUGCAGAGCAUUAGACACUUUUGUACUUAUCAUAUAUGUACUUGUUAUUUCUAUUAAUUCUGGGUUUUUUUCUGUCUGGGAUUAUCCUGUGUUGUUAAUUCUUUUAAAUUUUAAGUAUGGACAUGUUUUAUGUAAAAGACUUUGAAUGCAUUCAUUAUUUAUUUCACUGUGACUAUAAUAAAUACUAAAACUUUAUU